UCUGACACCCCGCAAGGUCCCAAAGUGGCUUAGCGCCUUUUAUGGUUUGGUUGGCAUGUGACGGUAACUAUCCGGAGAGCUCGACCAUCGCGUUUCCCUUCUUUGUUUACAACGAUAAUUUCAACUGUUAUUCCAUUCAGCACAUACUUAUGUCGCUGGACGUUCGCUAUAACACGUUUGACUUGCGAUCAUUUCUGACUAUCUACUCUCCCAUUUAAACUACCUGCCAACUGCUUGACAAACCCGCAAUGCCCCCUAAGAGAAAGCGUGCCAACGAUGGUCAAAAUGCCGAUGAUGGCGCGCGCAACAAGCGAUAUGCCUAUAUGAAGCCCCAAGUUCGCCAGGUCUCAGAAAAGACCAUCAAAUACAAAUGGUCUACACUACCAGAGCCCGCUCAAGACAAGGUCCGGGACAUGUUCCGGUCCCUUGAGCGCCCGGUCAUAGUGCGACAUCAGAAUGAGCGCAAGCGCAUUGAAGCGCAAGCGGCUGUCCAGGUUGUUGUGAAAAACCUAGGAAAGCGUUUACCGAGAAUGCCAUUCCCGCCAAUUUCCAAAGACUCGGUUUUCGAAUAUGAGGCGGCGCUGAAAGAACACUCUUCCUUAGAGGCCAAUUUGGCCACGGUGAAGGAUAGUACGGAACUUCUGAAGGCCGAGGCCGACCGAGAAGAAGCUUUACUUUCAAAGGAGAAAAGGCAACUACAGGAGAUGGAGAAGAAUGCCAAGCGAGCGGAAAUGGAAAGGAAGCGACAAAUGAAAAACGAACAUCCUGUCCUCCGCCAACUGAAUGAUGCCACUAGCACGGAGCACCGGGUACUAGCGGAUCUCAAAAUUGCCGGCGAGAAGAACCCUCAGCUAACAUUUGAUGGGGUAUGGCUUGACCUUAUAUUUGCGCUUCGUGGUACUGACACAUUUGCCAGCUUGAGGAUGAUCCUGAUACAUUCAGCCUAUUGAAACAACUAAGUGGCCACCUGAAUUCAAUCCACAAUAAUAUCACGCCCCUUAACGGUCUUGCGGAUGCAAUCACCCGAUCUCAAAUCGCCCUGAGCUUGACCUCGAUGCCUCAGGACUGAGGAGCCUCAGACCGCCGAAGGAAAGCCAGAAAGCCGACGAAUUAACGGGAUCGUAUAUAUUCCCGGUCUCUAGACAAUAGAUCAAUCCGACCCGAACACACCUGCAUGCGUGGAGUGCGACCGCCGUACAACAGGAUGUGUUGUUAUAAGCAAAGAAGCUGGGGACAAUAACAAGCACCCUCUAUUGCUACUCCUAUACGCAGUUGUAAUGACCAGUAGCAGCCAAAGCCUUGUCUCGUCCGUCGAGAUACUGGGGUUUCCGCUGCCUACAAUAUGCCACUUGCAAGAACUCUUACUGGCUCCCACCGGUCGCUAGGUUCGAGUAGGGCCAGUUAGACCUUGCAGCACAGCUCGAGAAGAAGGCCAAGAGUCAGGCGUUUGUCAUGCGCGCGAAGGAAACGUGGCUGUGUAUGGAAAGGGCAGGGCGUACUGGAAUGUCUAGAAUGCCAAAUAGACCAAUGCAAAUACGUGGAAACACGAGUAAUAACAGCCUACCAGUUUCAAAUCAUUCACUCCGUGAAGUAGAGUGAAAGUGUAGUGCCCGAGGUAACUAAAACCAUGACAC